AUGCUUCCAAGUGACACCAUUUUCCAGAUCUUUCUCAUAUUCCAGUUUUGUUUUGGUGUCAUAGGGAACUCAUUACUGUUAAUGGUGUAUGUAUACACUUUCUUCUUCAAAGCUCAUUUAAAAAAGUUGAUAGAUUCAGUUUUCAUGCACCUGACAAUAGUUAAUAUAUUGGCAAUUAUAUUCACAUUGAUAAAAGAUAUUAUGUUAUCCUUUGGAGUACCCAAUUUUCUGGAUGAUGUCGGUUGUAAGGCAGUUUUAUUUACAUCCAGGGUCGGCCGGGGUCUGUCCAUCUGUACCACCUCUGUUCUAAGUACAUUCCAAGUCAUCACCAUCACUUCUAGUAAUUCGAAGUUGGCCUCCUGGCUUAAGCCUAGACUCUCUACGUGGAUGUUUUCUUCCUUGCGUUGCUCCUGGCUUAUUAAUCUACUUAUCUACGGGUAUAUGAUUGACAUAGUAAUAGCCAAAACCAAUAAUAGUCACAUUGGCUAUGGAUAUUCAGAUGGGUACUGUCAAAGCAAGCACUUUGGGAGCUACAAUCCAGGGCCAUUUAAUAGCUUUAUCAUCAUUCACGAUAUCUUCUAUGUGGCCGUCAUGAUGUGGGCCAGCCUCUACAUGGUGAUUUUUCUCUACAGACACUACAAGAAAGCCCAGCAUCUCCACUGUCCCAGCCUUUCCUCCCAGCUAUCUCCUGAGCGCAAAGCCACUCACAGCAUCCUGUCUCUGGUGUGCUGCUUUGUGUUAAUUUUUUGGUUGAACAACUCUAUCACCCUUUAUGGUUUUUACACAAAAGAAAAAGUCCCAAGAAUGGAGUCAAUUAAUGGAAUUUUAACAACAGGCUAUCCAACCAUCUGCCCUUUUUUUCUCAUGAAGAAUAAUAAAGUUAUUUUGCAAUUUACUUCUUCAUUUUCUGUACUGAGAAUGACCUGUUUUCAAGGUUCACUACAUGGCUGA